AUGGGUAAUGCAUGUUGCAAUCACUCAGAGAUUCACUAACACCAAUUCUAAAGCAAUUAAUAAAUCAUGAUUCCUAUGUUAAAAUAAAAUGAUAUUUGGGAUUCAUUUUAAGAUGAUGAUGAAAAUGUUUCUACUAUUAAACAAUAUAUAACUCCAAGUGCUGCAUCAAAAGUUGAUCUAGAUUUCUCAUAAGAUACCAAUCUAUCUAAAAUGAAAUAAACUAUAUAAUUACCAAGCACAAGAAAAUCAGUCAAGAUAAGUUAUAGUGAUUUCGUUACUAUGAAACAAGGCGAAUGGAAUUAAUAAUAUAGCAUACUCAAAAAAUUAGGAUAAGGAAGUUAUGGUUGUGUUUGGUUAGGAAAACAUAAAAAAACAGGUAUUUUAAGAGCACUGAAAUAAAUUAAAAAAGACUCACUUUUAUUUGAAGAUUAAUAAAGAAUGUUAUCUGAACUAAACAUUCUAAAAUCUUUAGAUCAUCCUAAUAUUGUUCGUGUUUUUGAAAGUUUUUAAGAAGAUGAUUAAUAUAUUAUUGCUACUGAGUAUCUAUUUAUUUUAUUACUUUUUAAAAAGAUAUCUUCCAGGAGGAGAAUUAUUUGAACGAAUUAAGAAACUUCAAUGCUUUAGUGAAAAAAUGGCAGCAGAUUACAUUAAAUAGAUCUUAUAAGCAAUUAGUUACUGUCAUGAAAAAUAAAUUGUACAUAGGUAAAUUUAUUGUAAAAUUUUUAGAGAUUUAAAACCAGAAAAUAUUCUGUUAAGUGGUUAAGGAGAAGAAAUUAAAGUUAUAGAUUUUGGUACUUCAAGAUAUUUUUCAUUAAAUAAUAAUAUGAAUAAACGAUUAGGGACUCCUUAUUAUAUUGCUCCUGAAGUAUUGAAUGGUGAAUACAAUGAAAAAGUUGAUAUUUGGUCUUGUGGUGUUAUAUUAUAUAUAUUUUUGUGUGGUUAUCCUCCUUUUACUGGAAAAAAUGAUAAUGAAAUUUUAUCUAAAGUAAGAAAUGCAAAAUUGAUUUUUGAUAAAGAUGAUUGGUCAUCUGUUUCCAAAGAUGCUAUAGAUUUGAUCUCAAAAAUGAUAAAUAUUGAUACAAAAAAAAGAUUUUCUGCUAAAUAAGCCCUUUAACAUCCUUGGGUUUAAAAAAAUGCUAAACAAGAAAUUAUAUCUUUAUAAUUAUUAAAUAACAUACAAAAAUUUUAUGUAAUUCUUUCUUUUAUUUUAGGUUAAAAAUAAUUUUCAAAAAGCUGUCAUGACUUUUAUGGUUAAUUAAACUUUACAAAAUUAAGAAAUUAGUGAAUUGAAGGCUACAUUUAAUGCUUUAGAUAAAAAUCAUGAUGGAAAUUUAAGUAAAUUAGAAUUGAUUUCGGGUUAUCAAGAAAUAUUAAAAAGUAAAGAAUAAGCAGAAGAAAAAGUAAAUCAAAUUUUAGAUGUAUUGGAUUUAAAUCAUUCAAAUUUAAUAGAUUAUUCGGAAUUUAUAAUGGGUGCUAUGAAAUUUGAAAAAUUAGUUUCGAUUGAAAGAAUUCAAUAAGCAUUUCGUAUGCUAGAUACUGUAUAAUUAAAUUUAUUAUUAGAAUGGAGAUGGAUAUAUUUCAAAGGAAGAAUUAGAAGAUAGUAUGGGUUUUUUAGAAACUGAAAUAUGGGAAUAGUUUUUAAAAGAUUGUGACUUAAAUAAAGAUGGAAAAAUAUCAGAAGAAGAAUUUACAAAAAUGUUAGUUACUUUAUGA